AUCACCAGUUCAUUCAUACGCGAAAGGGCAGUGAUCGAGGACGGUCCGCUAGUUCAGGUGAUCAACGUUGUAAUUAUUGAUAUCUCAGAGACGUUUAGUGACUGCAAGUGCGAAAUGUGGAGAAGCUUUCUCGUGCUAGUGUUCGGAUGCUUUGUUGUUUUGAGGGCAAGAAGUGUGCACGAAGAAGCGCAAGCACCAGUAGCAAGUAUGCAACACUGGAGAAAUGCAUUCGAUUACUCAACUAUUCCGUUAAACGAAAGAUUUGUCCGCGAGACGAAAAAAGACUGUAAAUGUACGCCGAAACCACGACAUUCUAGAAUACCCAGAAUAAGAACUGUGUUUCGAAGAAAUGAUGUGGAUAUGGAUGAUUCCGAAGAAGCUUUGGAGAAAAUGCUUGAGGAGUACAUACUGCAAACUCUGAUCAAGCGAGGAACGUUGACACCUCGUGCAAUAUACACUCCUAUUAAGCCGGCCAAGAAUGUUUUUCGCACCCAAAAACAGAUACAUCAACAGUUACCAGCAUUCAAACACGAGCGGGUAGAGUACUCCGAUGAGGAAAACUAUCGCAUGUCCAGCAACAAUCGGUUUUAUAGCCAGGAACCGGUUCCAGGGCAACUGUUAUAUCCACCAAUUUCUCCAAAGUUUUCCCAAUCUACGAGAGUAUAUCCAAGUACACAAGUGAAUAGCGUAUCUAAGCCACGCUACGUAUCGUCAAUGUUAAUUCCUCAUUUUCUGAACAACACAAUUGCUAAGCCGAAUGAAAAGGUUAGAAAUAUACUACGAAUGAAUACGACAAACACAGAAGAUGCCUCAGCCGUUACACCGAAAAAAGUACGAUACGGAAAAAAUGCAGGGCACAUUAAUUUACCUAAGGAUACAAAUCGUAGAAGCAACAUGUCAAAUAUACAGAAGUAA